AUGAGGAGUACUNAGGCUAGAGGAGAAGAUGUCAGAAGAAGAUCUGAAUUAAUUGAGUUUUAUACUACAGCCGAGACCAUUUUGGAUAAAAUGCAUGAACGGAUGAUAACCUUACUUCAAAAGCACAUUCCUAAUGUGAAGGAGAAUACGAAACUACACAUCAAGCAACUGAAUGAGGAGUACUAUCUUCUUUUUGCAGGUAAAUGGCAAACCGCACAAAAAAGCAUUAACUUAAUUUCAACUUUUAAUUAUGAUCCGUGAUGUUUUAAUGAGAGAAACUAACUUAACCAACAAGUGUUUUCUUGAUAAUUGCGGAGAGAAAAAAUCCGGAAGAAAAAUCUGAGUUUCACGGAUAGGUAGUCGUGAUUUGUCAGUGGAAUACUCUCCGACAAACUGGUCUGGUCGGUAUGUUCUAACAAAUGGAAAACUCCCUGGUUGAAUGGUAAAUCAGAAUUAAAAGGAAUUCCCAAUUGAACGCACCGUUCGUAUUGGUUUAUUUACAGGUGAAACGUCUUCUGGUAAAAGCAGCUUGAUCAAUCUUAUCCUUGGAGAGGAGAUUCUACCCUAUUCCCAUCAAAGCACAACAUCGACCAUAUGUGAACUGAAGUUUGGAGAGGAACGCAGGCUGGUGGUGCACUUUAAAGACAACGAUCCUGAAAAAAAAUCACUUGUGCAGCCAACAGGAUGUUCUGAUAAAAGCUACCUUGAACAGAUCUCAUCAUUUGUUCAUGAGAAGACUGGAAAAGGUUCAGAUGUCAAAAAGGUCGAGCUUUUUUGGCCGCACAGCCUUUUGGAGGUACAUCGACCUCAUUUAGUCGCAAACGUUUAUACGUAGACUGAUAGUUCCAGAGUAGUUUCAGUUCUUUUUGUUCUAUAAUAGUGGUGAAUCAAGGACACUAACGUAAAUAUAUAUAUAUAUAUAUAUAUAAAUAUUUAUUUUUUUUACGUAUUUCUGGAAAUUCUCAGGGACAAUUUCAGUUACUGUUCAGACAGAUUAGGCUACUUCAUCCGAGAAUUCUCAAUAUUUUGCGACAAUGUGCUCUCCCGUCCACACAGGGAAAAUGGUAAGCGCGCGAGAGACGAUAGGAAGAACAAACAGGCGGGAGCCACUUUUCUCCUUAGCCUUCCCAUCGUCGCCAGGCGCGCGAAGAAUGCUUUAAAUUCUGAUAGUAGCGUUCGGGAAUUUUUUUUGGAAAGUAUAAUAAUCAAUAUUUUUACUAUCGAAAUUUUGAGAUUUCCUGGAAAUGUGGGUUUCAAGAAAUUAUUUUGGAUGGGUUACAAAUUGCCAAUUUUCAACACCAUCAAUUGACGUGUUACAACACACUAUGGCUCUGAAGAUGAUUACCGCACUGGUUGUCGAAACGUCAGUCACUGACUGUCAAGAACAACAAUCUUCUUCAGGACUACGUUCACUCAACCUGCUUUCAGAUGAUCCUUGCUGAAAAGCGAUCACACAAAAAUCACUUCCUCGUCGGUCGUACUCCCUUAACUCUAUUCUCCCUAUUUUCUAAUCCCUACAGAUUGGAAUGUGGGGCAGUUAUAAUUGUAAUUUUUGGUGUAUUUGAUUAUCUUGAUUAAUUACUUAUCACAGACAGGUUUAACUAUCAUUGACAGCCCUGGUGUUGGAGAAACUGACGAGAUGGAUGAGAUGGUAAUUCAGUAUCUACCUAAAGCGUUUGCUUUUAUCUAUGUCAUUAACAGUGCAAACGCUGGUGGAGUUCAAAAAGACAGAGUGAGUAUUUUGAUCAGUUUCUCUCGAAAUGGCGCAUGCAUUCGUUAGAGGAAUUGUCCAGGGGAUGGGAGGAGGGGAAGAGGCACACGCGCCUCAUAUCUAUUCAAAUUAUCGUUUAAAGUUCUGACUUGGGACUAGAUAAAUUUUUCCGUUCGACAACGCCCUGCGGUCUACCUUUCAUGUAUCACGUAUCAUUCAUAUCAUGGGCUGUGGGUGCGUUACAGUGAGCUCAUAAAUGGACUGAUAGCGUCUGCCAGCUAGUGGCGCAUUUGUAUGCUGACGUCCGAGCUUACUGUUGGCCUCUAAUCGACGACAUUACAUUACAUGUAUAUGCAUUACGGAGAAGUGAUGACUGAAAAAAGAAAAGAGGCCUUAAUCGCUCUCUCAUGAAAUGAACGCCAUGUCGUUUCCAAGCAGCCAUUUUGACAGCAGUACCGUUUUGGUCCGACUAAUUCAGCAGUGGUGCUCUUGUUCUGCAGUUUAAAAAUGUGCGGAUUUUUCAGUGAAUGGAAAAUCCAUCACUUUAGAGCUACAAAUUAAAGUAGUUUUCCCAUCACAAUGAACCUUUGGCACAAAGACGGUUAACGUUUGUCAAGACAAAGUGCUGCUAAAAUUGUCUCUAUUUACUUGUGCUCCUUUAUGUUACAUCAGUGCAGUAACAAAAACUUUACAUCAGCAAAAGGCUUAAAGGGACAGUGUCCCGAUUAUGCGCACGCGGGAGCGUCAUCUGUUUUUUCUUCAAAAGAUAAUAGAACUGUCAUAUUGACUCGACAAGAUUUCCUUCCGGACCACGCCGCCGACGGAAAUUUGUUGUUUAUAUUCUCAAGUAAUAUGGUAGAAUUUCGAAGAAGUCUUUUGUCUUAUAUAAAAAUUUGGCUCGCGGUUCGAAGACUCAUCGCGAUUUUAUCGCCAGCUGGGCCGCCUGGCGACCCGAAAAUCUCGUCCCGCUUGCUUUAAAAACAUAUUUUCUAAUUUGAAACUUGUGUCGGAGGUCAAUUGUUCCAAGUCCAGUAAUAUCUGCCUGAUUUGCUCACGUUCUAGCCUCAAACGUUUGAAAGACAUAAAUAAAAAUGCAAUCUAAACGCUAUGAAUAAUCACAAAGGUUGGUCAAAUAUUAUAUUAUGAUUUCAUGGCACUAGUUUUACUAAACAUGUAGCGCCUGUUUGUUUGAUUUUGUCGGCCGUAGGGAGAUUCAUUUAAAAGUUUACUAACGCGUCGUGGCAAAACAUUCUGCUUCACGAAGCUUCCCUCCACAAAAUCUCCUCAGUCACAUCAAUGUCUCAAUGGUUUCUUUCUUACAGUCUUAAUUGUUGCUGUUUCAUUUCUGCGUAUUCCUUUCACAAUUAUCUGAGCUUGUAUGAAAGCUAGCAGAAGAAAUAAGCCUUCAGUCGGCACCAAAGUGCUUCCAAUCUUUUGGUCCUCCGGCCAACGGCAAUAAAAGUAACGCCAAAAAAUCCAGAUUUUGCCCAAAUCGAAACUUAACAGGAACAAUAUAUCAUUGAUCUAUAAUCCUGAGAAGCUAUAUAUAUAGUGUCGUAUUGAACCCGGCCAAGCGCGAUGCAAACGGAUUUUUCAAGGUUCUCUCACUCUCCUCGCAUCUUUUGAUUUCGCGACAUCCUGUCCAAAAAUCAAAGUUUGGUGCAUGCGCAGUAACGGGACACUGUUCCUUUAAGAAGUGACCUUUUUGACAUCAUUUUUGCAUUACAGCUUGUAAAGCUGCUGCAAAAGGCGAGGAAAGUGUCAGUCGGGGUUCCAAAUCAAGGAGGAGAAGAAGGUGGAUUGAUGCACGACAUGGAGGAAGAUCUCUUAUCCAAAUGCGCUUUGUUUGUGUUUAACAAGUGGGAUUCAGUGCCAGAGAAAGAAAUUCAAUCGGUCAAGGAUGGUGGUAUAAAAAAACUGAGAAAAAUCUGGCCUGGCAUUGAUCCCGAAUCUCAAGUCACCUACAUGUCAACCACUAACGCUACUCUUGCUCAAAACCUUGAUGUUAUCAGCAAUGAAUUUUCCUUAUUAAUGGAUGGAAUGAGGUCGGUGAUCAUGACGACCAUUGAAGCUAAGUUGGAACUUCAUUGGAAGUAAGCAUUAAUCCGACAUAUAAAUUUAGCCAAAGCUUAAGGCUCCCGUUAAUAAAUUUAUAAUUUACUUCAAACAAUAGACUUGAAGAUGUUGGAGUUGAGCCUGCUAUCAGUUGAAAACUACUAACUUAUCAGCGGAGAACUUAAAAAACAAGUAGCCUCGAUGGGUCGACAUCUGAGCCUGCGAUACGGUCACGUGAUACUGAUCAGCAGAUACCCUGUUUUGCGAGCCGUCAAUUGACCAUAAUAUGGAUGUGCAAUAUAAGGUUGCAGGCUCCUAUACUAGCUAGAAAGUGUGACAUUCACAAUGGUUCUAGGACGGGCGGACGUACGGUCGCGUGAUUACCAAAAUUUCUAGGAUGGAUAGAUAACCAAAUUUUCUUAUGAAGCCCCUCUCGCUUGUGGAGCUCCUUUAUAAAUACAUAUUGUUUCUUUUACCUCCUCGUUCGAUUUUGUUAUUCGGGUAAGCUGAUGCCUGUCAGGAAAGGGUAGGAGACUAAAAAACUAAUCCUUCAUGGUCAGUUCAGAGGACGGUGUUCUGCCAAUAAGUUCAGGCCCUUAAAUGCACAAAAAGUACAUUUCAAUCUUUUUUAUUCUUUAGAUGAAAUAAGGUCAGUAGGACUAUAACCAUAUAGCGAAGACUACUAGAUGUUGUGUGCUUGGGGUGCUGGGAGAAACGCGCAUCGUGUUAUUUGCAUUUUCUCAUACAAUGUUCAUUAAAUUCUCAAAUUCCCUUUAUUUUCGGGAGAAUUUGAUAGGAGUCUGACUCUGAAAUCUACUUUAGUUUACUUGAAAGAGUUUAAAUAAGGGUGGGUGCUGGGUAAACAUCGCCUUUUGCAGCAUCCGGGUUUCAGGUGGUAAAGGCCCCUUUUUCUUAUGCCUUUGAUAUAUUGUAAAAGGUGGUUAACAGUGCCGUCUAUAUCUUUCCUCUAAGGUGUCAUCUUUUAUCCUUGUGAUUAUUUCUUGCCACAAACAAAUAACCGUGCUUUCUUGUUUUAGUUGGCUUCACAAACUUCUUUCAAGGAUUGUCGUUCAGGCAAAAACGUUUUUGGUAAAUGCUUCUAGAACCAAAGAGGACAUCAACCAGAGAAAGGAGGAGAUUAUUAACCGGUUAGAGGCAAUGGUAAAAGGUCAAGGAAAAGUGAUAAAGGACCUGCAGCAAUCUUUCGACGAACAAGUCAACAAUGUUUUGUACCGACUCUCAGAAUUCCUUUCUUCUGCAGCCGUAACGUCGCGCUUUGCAUUAUGGUCGGGGAACGAAUUUCCAGAUCAGUAUAUAUCGGCUUUGACUCCGGAAGUGGAAGAGAAAAUAGCCACUCUACUGUCUAGCCGUUUUGAAGAGUUUGUAGUGCAAUGGGAGGAAGAACACAAUUUGUUUGCAAAUGCUCGCCUUUCUCUCGUGGAAAAGUUUAAGAAUUGCUUCGAUGAAGCUGAAUUUCAGAGAAGGAAUCUCCUAUGCGAAGCCACCGGAGACUUACAUCCUGGUGUUAGGAAUUCAAAAAAGUUUCGGUUUUCCAUCUCCAGAAAGGCGAGCAUAAAGAUGCGAAUUCUUACCUUCGAGGUGUUUCACUUAGUUGCCGACUUAGUGGAUGUCAAGUUUAUUACUGAGUUGUGUGACUCUCUGAGAGGGGUUUCCAAAAUUGACUUUAAGGAUCUUAUCACUCAAGCUUCAGUAAAGUUUCUCUCCUCUAGAAGAGAGAAGAGGCAACUUAGAAAGUUUGUGGAGGGCAAAUUACACGAUGUUAAGGACUGUCUUGGUCAAAUUAAAGUUCGUCUUCCAGCGCUGAUAGAGGCGGACAGAGAACUAUAUUCAGAGCUGUAUAGGCAACUGUUAGUUAACCUUACGCAGCAAACUCAUUCCCAAGAGGAAAACAAAGAUCGCUACCAGAGGAUAUUGGAUGAAGGGUCACAAAGGAGAGAUCAACUAGCACUAUUUGGUAUAAAAGAUGUUUGUACAGUCAAAAUCAACCACGAAGAGUUAGAAUGGAAAGAAGAAAUGUCAUCCCUCCUUGGCAGUGGGUCAUUCAGUGCAGUUUAUCAAGGAACAAUGAGAAGAUACGGCGAAGUUGAGACUGUGGCUUUGAAGGUGUGCAAUGAGGCACUCAACGCCAAUAAUGCCAGCGAAAUUAUGCAGGAGAUGAAAAUUUUAAGGCAAGUUAAAACGUUUUCUUUUGUUACGUCUCUAGACGUUCUUGCAGGUUGCACAAAGUCAUGAUUAGAUUAUGAGUGCGUUGUGAGAAAGGCCCUUUAUGAAGAUAGCUAUAGAACGUCUAACUACCGAUCACAGUAGCAGGCAGUACCGCUCGGUUUCUCCGCUAUUUUAAGACCCAAGUGUUGGCCAUCCCGCUAGGUAUCUUGCCUGGUCUUCCCAUUUCGAAGGCGAAUCAACCUAGCCAAUAGGCCAUUUCCGAGUUCCCCGAGCCUCUGUUUCAAAACGAGGGUAGGUGCUCAGCCUUUGAUAUGGAAAUCAUUUUUCAUUCUCAUGCAAAUAAAACUCAUUUUGAUGUGAAGUAUAUGAAAUAAUUCAUUUUUGAACUGUCAUUCUUCACUCUCAAAACUCAUUUUCACAAGAAAGGUUGUGCACCUAGCCUCAUUUUGAAAGUGAGGGUUUUUUGGGAACUCGGAAGUGCCCUAUUAUUUUAUGUCAAUGAGCUAUCCAUUUGGCCAUAAUAUACCGGAUACAUUAUUUAAACGGGUGUAAGAUUCUCCAUUGAUACGGUUUGCUCUGAAUGACAGUGAACAAAUAAGGUGAAGAUGUCUUAGUUUUCAAAACAGAUUACAUGGCGCACUUGGCAACACUGCGAUGAAAAAAGCGAUAUAAAUCAUUUUUGUAUUGUAUUUGAAUUCCUGUUAGUUUAAAAGGCAAACUCAGGACGAGUUCGAUUGUCCUUAUUCCGGAAUAAGAAUAAUUGGAAUAAAUUGUAGAAACCACUUGUUUUGGCAUUUAUUUCGCGGAGGAGAAAUGAAUACGUAAGAAACGAACCCCAAAGGACGUUGUCGGGGAGGCUAGAAAUUUGCCUGAAAUAAAAUAUUCCAAUGUACGUAGAGUUGAAAUGCAUGGUCUAAAACUCACGGUGGAAGAGAUUUAUAACUUGCUUUUGCUUAUUCUUAUUCCGGAAUGCGAUCAAUCGAACGUACCCUUAGCUGAGAUUAAACAAAGUUGAAGCAGCUGAGGGUACUUCUUUCUUCUGUUAAUAUGUCAGAAUUCUAAAGCACCCUCACAUCGUCCAGUUUUAUGGCAUAUCUCUCGACAUGAGCACCUCUAGAAUUGUCUUUAUCAUGGAGAAGUGCAAAGGAAACUUAAGGGGCCACAUCUUCAAUGAACUGGAGUCACCGCCUGGUAGAUCUGAAAAUCCUACUACGGUCGAAGAAGUACGCAGCUGGGCAAAACAGAUCAUUGAUGGGUUGGCUUACAUUCAUGCAAAGGGAGUUGUGCACGGAGACCUAAAGUUGGAAAANGGUCGAAGAAGUACGCAGCUGGGCAAAACAGAUCAUUGAUGGGUUGGCUUACAUUCAUGCAAAGGGAGUUGUGCACGGAGACCUAAAGUUGGAAAACAUCUUGGUAUGAAGCUAGAAUAUUUUAUCGUGAUUGUAAUUGUAAAGUCGUUUGAUCAUGUAUGCAAACUGGAGUGUACGCUAGGGUACAAGGGAAAUAUCUUGCAGUGAAGUCUUCUCUCUAAAUUUAAAUAAUUUGAAUGCCAAAAUUUGGGAGGCAGUCGGCCGGAACCAUUGUUUGUUCUGUCGCACUUUGUAAUAAUCGCCGCACUUUGUAAUACCUAUCGCACUUGUAAUAAAAUUAUCGCACAUUGUAAUGAAAUAACCUUUCUCACUUUGUUAAUAACACUUGUCGCAAUAGUGCGAUACUAACAGUAAUAAUUAAUAACGACGAUGAUAAUCAUGAUUGUGGCACCGUGUUGUGCUCGAUGUUUGUGUUUUUUGGUUCUAUGAAAUAUUUGUAUGGGGCUUAUUCAUGGUAAUAAACACUAAAAUCUCGCUAUAUCUCUGGUCAUAUUCUCGCAGGUAAUAAAUGAUACCGGAUUUCUUCGUUUCCCGUGCAACUAGUAACACUUCCAAAAUAGUUUUCUUGACAGUCAAGGAGAUCUUUUGUUAGUAUCAUUGUACUUAAGAUUUGCUUUUCGUGUUUGCAUUUUUUUACUUUUUGUUAUCUUAUCUGGGCCACACUUUGCGAUGUCGCAAUUUCUGAUUAUUAUAAAUCUAGUUUGUUUCAGGUCGGUUCUAGCGCAAUCGAGAUUUUUACAACUAAGCAGUCAUUGUGGCACGAUGAAAACGUGGGCGAAUGAUUUGCAAUAGUGCAAUACUAACAGUAAUAAUAACGAUGAUGAUGAUGAUAAUGAUUGUGGCACCGUGUUGUGCUCGAUGUUUGUGCUUUUUGGUUCUAUGAACUAUUAGACUAUUAGUAUGACACUAAAAUCUCGCUACAUCUCUGGUCAUAUUCUCGCAACAAGAGAGGAUAAAGGGGACAGAGAAGGCAUCCCCCAUACACACCCUAUUCCAUAGGUAAUUCAUCUCGAGUUAUUUUUAAGACCCACAGAUCCCAAGGGGGAUUAGACAACAGCCAAUCACAUAGCGCCAAUGUGUUCCGCGUGGAUGACCCACGCUCAGAGCCACGCGUCAUUCACGAAUUGACGCAGAAAAAAAUGGCGAAAGAUUCGGAGAGCGAUAUUGCUCUUCGUUUUGUCGACGAAAAUGACUAAAGAGAGAUUUCUGCUAAAGCGGUGUCAGCGAAAUGGAAAUUAAAAAAGAAUCGCCCUUCCUCUCUUGUAUAGAGCUAACAGUACAGCAGGGAAAUCCUUAACACGCUGAAUAUUCUCUAAGCAUCAAUUAUAAUUUACAGUUUGAAGAGAGCACUUUCUGGUUUGAUAUUUAUUCUUUUAUUAGUCUUUUAUUAUUCAACAAAAAUAGCACUUGGCGUCCUACUUGCUUUAUUGUACAAACGACCGGUUUCAUAUAGACUGGCGAAAUUUCUCAUUUUAUUAAAGCACUGAGGUUACGACAACUUCGAGUUAAACUGAUUUCACGGGUUGUCAAAGGGUCCAGCGAUACCCUUUUCCCAGGUGAGCGUCGACUCAUUUCGCCUCAAUAUUCAGAAAUGCUCUCAAUCUCUUUACGCUUUCAUUGCCUUUCGCCGACGUGUUUUGCACGGCGUUUCAAAUACGAAACCUCCACGAAACAUCCACAUAGCGCGCGAGGUAACUUUAUCCCGAUUCUAAAAAUAACUCGAGACGAAUUACCUAUGGAAUAGGGUGUGUAUGGGGGAUGCCUUCUCUGUCCCUUUUAUCCUCUCUUGUCUCGCAGGUAAUUAAUGAUACCGGAUUUCUUCGUUUCCCGUGCAACUAGUAAAACUUUCAAAAUAGUGGUCUUGACUGUCAAGGAAACCUUCUUUUCGGAAAACCCUAUAAUAGGGACAGCAGCUAAAUUGCAAUACAAAUUCCCAUCACUACGGACUCUUGCUGUUAUGGACACUAUCUCAUGGUCUCAUGGUCUCGAGGUCGUCUCCAUAGAGAGAGUGGUGCUUGUUCAGUAAUGGUCAGUUUCUAUGGUUACGAGAUAUGACGUCAUAUCGCUUAAAUCAGGCAAAGUGCUUAUUUAUGUGUUAUUUUUCAUGUCAAACACACCAUUUCUCGCAGUUUUAACCUGAUUUCUAAUUCUUGGUGAAAUCCAAGAUGGCGGCCGAGAUGACGACCAUUGUUGGUGACGUCACGGACCUCCAGCAGCGCCACCACCCAUAAAAUAUACCUUAUCUUGUAGAGAAGAUCAAAAGCUUUCCACUGAAGGUACAAUCGUUUUGAAAUACUGCAACAUAUCAAAAACUCUAGGGGGGGGGGGUUCAUUCACCCCCCCUUGUACCACUGUAGGGGUAUGAAUUUGCGUACACAUCCGAGGGUUAAUGUAGAGUGUCUGGACUAUCAACCAGAGGUCAAAGGUUCGACUCUUGUUGAAAGAACUCGGAAUUUUGCACUCGACUCGCCGGCGUCACAAACCAAAAAAGAACAUUUUUUGUCUAAACGAUUGCACUAUUUUUUGUAACAUAAUGCAUUGUUCCUUUAAAGUUGUCUGAAGAUAACACAGUGAAGAUUGCUGACGUUGGCCUGGCUAAAGCAGAAAUAGACAUCACCGGCACCUUUAGGGGAACACCUCUUUAUACGGCACCUGAAGUGUUCCGUUCCCAAGUGUACGACUCCAAGGCAGACAUCUACAGCUUAGGGCUGUUAAUGUGGGAGAUGUGGUACGGACAGCGGGCCUUUGCUGACGCUGCAAGGACAACACUGCACGAUUUCUUUGACUGGGUGGAUAAAGGAAACCGUCCAGUUCACAAACAGGGUUUCAAGACGCCUCCACCCCUGUGGGAACCGUUGAUGACACAGUGUUGGGACAGUAAUCCAGACAAACGCCCCACAGCCAAGGAAUGUAUUGUAACGAAAGAAUGA